AUGAUCCUCCACAAAGCCAACGACGCGUUAAUAUGCAAGGUGUUUGUGAUGACCCUGCGGGGAGCAGCUCAGGACUGGUUCCACACCCUACCAUCUGGGUCGAUCAGCAGCUUCAAGGAGUUUGCAUACGUCUUCGCGAAAGAAUACACGUCUUACCGGACAAUCAAGAAGAACCCCGACCACCUAUUCAACCUACGCAAGAAGUCUGACGAAUCCCUUCGAGAUUACAUCAAGAGAUUCAAAGCAGAAAAGGCCAAUAUCGUAGGAUGUGACGACCGGAUCGCGUCCUCUGCUUUCAAGAAAGGUCUUCCAGCUGAACACGACUUAUACCGCGAGCUGACUAUCGCUCCCAGCAAGACUCUGGCAGAGGUCUUCGCAACCGCAGAACGUUAUGCGCUCUGGGAUGACGAUCGAAUCGCCGCAAAGAAGUCUACUAAGCAGGAAAAUCAACCAACCAAGAGGGCAGGCCAAAAGAACGACGGGUUCGGCAACAGAAACAAGGACAAGCACAGGUCACACCCAAAGGAGGGCGCCACAGUAGGAGAGAACUACACUAAGUUCUCCAUCCCCAUAAACCAGAUCUUGGCCCAAGUGAAGGACAAACCUUGGGUAAGAAGGCCGCCACCCUUGAAGGGAGAUCCGGACAAAAGGGAUACCAGAAAAUACUGCGCCUUCCAUGGGGCGCACGGGCACACCACAAACAACUGCUUUGCUUGGAAAACGCACCUUGAAGAACUCGUGAGAGAAGGACACUGCACGGAAUUCAUUGCGAAGCAAGCCAUCCAGCGGAUUGAGGAUCGCGACAUCGCCAAGGAGCCACCUCAGAAAGUCAUAAGGAUUAACACGAUCCUAGCCGACUCCGAAGAGUCUGGGCUGACCAGCAAAGAGAAGAAGAGGAAGAUCAAGCAGGCCACGGUGGUCUCCCAAGUCUCGACUGACCUUCCACCGGCGAAAGACGACCCAGUGAUCGGCUUCCAGAAGAAAGAUUUGAUCGGCCUCGACAUGCCACACAACGACGCCCUUGUCGUCAGCAUUCAAAUCGCUCAGGCCAUGGUCGACCGAAUCCAUGUGGACGAAGGCAGCGCAGCCAAUAUCCUGCAGUUGACUGUCAUCCAACAGAUGGGCUUGGAAGCAAAGAUCAACAAAUCAGCCAGGUCGCUGACUGGCUUCAAUGGCGCAACGACGGUUACCGUGGGCACCAUAGAUCUCGACGUCUACUCCCCACCUGUAAUCAGCUCACAAACAUUCAUGAUCAUUGACGAAGUCUCACCCUACAAUGACAUCCUGGGCAGACCAUGGAUUGAGGACGUCGAGCUAAUCCCCUUGGAUCCUGACCAGCCAGACAAAAAAGCGCGGAUCGGCUCGCGCCUAAGCCCAGACGAGAAGGUGGAGCUGACCACCUUCCUCCAGAACAACAAGGAUAUGUUCGCAUGGUCACCGUCAGACAUGCCAGGCAUCGACCCAAACAUCAUCUGCCAUCGACUCCACGUCAACCCUGCCAGCAAGCCAGUGGCGCAGAAGAGACGCAACUUCGCUCCAAAGCGGGUCGCAAUCAUUGAUGCCGAGAUCGACAAACUUCUAGCAGCCGGCUUCAUUGAAGAG